GAAAGUAAAAAAAAAAAAAAAAAAAAAGAAAAAAGGUUGCGUCACACGGUCCUCCUCUUGCUCGUACGAAGACCAUCAUUUGCCUUUGGACGACCCAUCGGCGACAGUGAAAGUCUAUAUCUUCUUCCGGAUUUGAAAAAGAUGGGUCUGUCUUUCGGGAAGCUGUUCAGCAGACUCUUUGCAAAGAAAGAGAUGCGUAUCCUCAUGGUUGGUCUCGACGCUGCUGGUAAGACCACCAUCUUGUACAAGCUCAAGCUUGGCGAGAUCGUCACCACCAUUCCAACCAUUGGUUUCAAUGUCGAGACUGUGGAAUACAAGAACAUCAGCUUCACCGUCUGGGAUGUCGGGGGUCAGGACAAGAUUCGUCCAUUGUGGAGGCAUUACUUCCAGAACACCCAAGGGCUGAUCUUCGUGGUGGACAGCAACGACCGUGACCGUGUUGUGGAAGCUAGAGACGAGCUUCACAGAAUGCUCAACGAAGAUGAGUUGAGAGAUGCUGUGCUUCUUGUCUUUGCUAACAAGCAAGAUCUUCCAAACGCCAUGAACGCCGCUGAGAUUACUGACAAACUUGGCCUUCACUCUCUCCGUCAACGACACUGGUACAUACAGAGUACAUGUGCUACCUCAGGAGAAGGGCUCUACGAGGGACUUGACUGGCUCUCCAACAACAUCGCAAACAAGGCUUAGGAGAGCAGUUUGUCGGUUUGGUCUCGUCUUCGUCGGCUCUGUUUUGUUCUUUCGUCUCAGACUUUUAUCAUUUCAUACUUUGUUCUUCGCUCCCAAAUAAUUCUUUUGAACUGUUUUUCUUAUAUACUAAAAUUCCGAAUAUUAUGAAAUGAACCCACGUUUCGGCGGAUUUUCCAA